AGCCAAGCCAAAAAAGAAAAGCAAGUUGAGCCAAAUAUAUAUUAUGAAUGUGGAAAAGAAUUUUUGGAUGCUUCUUACAAAUCCAAUCCUACGGUGGAGAUUGGUGGCAGCCCUCUGCAGGCUUAUCUCCUCUGACUUGACUCUGAAUUGUGUUUUUGAGAGAGAGAGAGAGAGAGAGCAGAACAACCAAAAAUGCAAGAACAGAAGAGUAUAAAACGUUGGGCUUUAAACUGGGACCAACCCGCCAUUAAUGCAGUUCUUUGCUUUCUCUCUUCCACCAUCCUCCACCUCUUUCCCUAGCUCUCUUUAUUGCUUGCUAGUUGCUAUUUGUCAAUCUAAAGUUUAGCUCAAACUUGGUCAGCUCUCAUCUCACUCGUUUUCUCGUUUUCGCUUCUUUCUCUCUAUUCUGAGAACAAAACUAGAGGAAGAGAGCUUCAAAAGGGUAUAUUGUUAUUCAACUUGAUGGGGGUUUGCCUGAGCGCCCAAAUUAAAGCUGAGAGCCCAUUUAACACAGGGCUGAGUUCAAAGUAUGUUAGUACAGAUGUGAAUGAUCGUAGUACAAGUAGUAAGGUCUCUUCAGCUUCAAUGCCACCAACACCUCGAAGUGAAGGUGAGAUCUUGCAGUCCUCCAAUCUGAAGAGCUUCAGUUUUUCUGAUCUUAAGAUGGCCACAAGAAAUUUCCGUCCUGAUAGUGUCCUAGGAGAAGGUGGUUUUGGUUCAGUUUUUAAGGGAUGGAUUGAUGAGAAUUCAUUUGCUGCUGCCAAGCCUGGAACUGGAAUGGUCAUUGCCGUUAAAAGGCUUAACCAAGAGGGUUUACAAGGGCACAAGGAGUGGCUGGCUGAAGUAAAUUAUCUGGGGCAAUUUUGCCAUCCUCAUCUUGUGAAGCUUAUUGGUUAUUGCUUAGAGGAUGAACACCGGCUUUUGGUGUAUGAGUUCAUGCCUCGAGGAAGCUUGGAGAAUCAUUUAUUUAGGAGAGGGUCUUAUUUCCAACCUCUUUCUUGGAAUCUCCGCUUGAAGGUGGCUCUUGGUGCUGCUAAGGGGCUUGCAUUUCUUCAUAGUGCUGAAAACAAAGUUAUAUAUCGGGAUUUCAAGACUUCUAACAUUCUACUUGAUUCGAACUACAAUGCAAAACUCUCUGAUUUUGGAUUGGCCAAGGAUGGGCCAACUGGCGAUAAUAGUCAUGUCUCUACCAGGAUUAUGGGUACCUAUGGAUAUGCAGCUCCAGAGUAUCUGGCCACAGGUCAUUUAACUGCCAAGAGUGAUGUCUAUAGUUUUGGAGUUGUUUUGUUAGAGAUGUUAUCUGGCAGAAGAGCAAUAGAUAAAAACCGGCCAACUGGAGAGCAUGUUCUAGUGGAAUGGGCUAAGCCCUACCUGGGAAACAAGCGAAAGAUAUUUCGCAUCCUGGACAAUCGUCUUGAAGGCCAAUACUCGAUGGACAUUGCCAAUAAGGCAGCUACCCUUGCACUACGUUGUCUAUCCAUAGAAUCAAAGUUCCGGCCCAACAUGGACGAGGUGGUGACAUCAUUGGAACAGCUUCAGGAUUCCAAGGAAAUUGGAAAUGUUAACACCCAUUCAGGCUCUGCACAAAGGAUGCGUCGACACAGUGCAGAUGAUGCUAGUGGUGGAAGAACUGCAGCCGCUUAUCCUCGUCCCUCGGCCUUCCCUCUGUAUGUUUGAAAAUGGAAUAAAGGAACUUGACUAAAACUGCAUCACUUUAUAGCUCAAUACAACGCAAGCACGUCAGCGCGUUCAAGAUUAUUUUUCCGACGACUGUACAGUUCAAUGUUCAGCUUCAGCUAAUGUAUGCAAAAUCAAUCUUUUGCCGACAAUUUUCAGGACAGCUUUUGUAUAACUUGUUCUAGUUGGUCCUUUUCUCUCCUGCAGCCUGGCUUGUUGUAUUUAAUAUUAUUUUAUUUUUUUCUCAAAUGGACCCCUUAUUAUAUUAUAAAAUUAUUAAUUUGUUUCUUUUUUGAAAGAA